GCUCGGCGCCUCGGCAGGAAGCGGGGGGGCACGGGGCGGCAUUUUUGGGUAGCAGGGCUGAGGGGGUGCAGCCGGGCCCCCCCCGCUCUGGCACAUCCGCUGCGCGGGGCAGGAAGUCGGGGGGGGCUCCCCCAUCUCGGAGCGUGCCCGCGGCAUCGGGACCCGCUCUGGCUGCACCCGCUGAUGGCUGCCCCGCGCUGGCACCCGCUGCUGCUGGCGCUGGCGGGCCCGGCGGCGGCCGGGGACCCCGCGGUGGCCCGCAGCGACCGGGCGGUGGCCGCGCUGCUGGCGCUGCUGCUGUGCCUGGCGGUGGGGCUGGCGCUGGCCUGGCACCACCUGUGCCGCAUCUCGGCCGGCCGCUACCACCCCCGGCCCCUGGGCCGCCGGGCGCUGCAGCUGCUGCGGGGACAGUGGCACCGGCUGCGGGCACCGGGGGACCCCGCCGCGGCCCCCGGCGACGGCGACAGCCACGGGGAGGUGGCCGUGCGCGACGAGCAGGAAGAGCUGAUGCCCUGGAGCCUGGAGCGGCGGCCGCAGCAGCAGCAGGAGGAGGAGGAGGAGGAGGAUGAGCAGGAGGAGGAUGAGGAGGAGGCCGAAGCACUGCCGGAGGGCGGGGAGAGCCCCCUGAGCGAGGGGCAGGUGGCGGGGGGCAGCGCCGAGGCCCUGCUCAGUGACCUGCACGCCUUCUCGGGGACAGCGGCCUGGGGGGACGCGCGGCCACACGUCACCGCCCUGUGACGUCAGCGUCUUGACGUCACCACCCUUUGAUGUCAUCACCCUGAAGUGUCACCUCCCUGCAAUGUCACCUCCCUGUAAUGGCACCACCCUGAAGUGUCACCACCUUGUAAUGUCACCUCCCUGUAAUGGCACCUCUCUGUAAUGGCACCACCCUGAAGUGUCACCUGCCUGUAAUGUCACCUCCCUGUAAUGGCACCACCCUGAAGUGUCACCUGCCUGUAAUGUCACUGCCCUGCAGUGUCACCGCCCUGCCAGCAAAGGGACCCCUUCUCUGUCCCCUGCCAUCCCCCGCCGAGGCUCCUGAUUGGCUGCAGGGGCCUUGCGCGGGUUUGCACUGACCAAUAAAAGAGCAGCUCUGGGGGCAGAGCAGACCGGGGGCGUGGUUUGCACAGAAGUGGGUGGGGCUAACAAAGGGGUGUGGCAAGUGGGAGGAGCCUAAAAUGGGGCGGGGCAUCACGCAGGGGGUGGAGCCUGGACCCUCCCCUGGUGGGGCAACUCCCCACCCUCCCAGUGAGCCCCCCCAGCCCCAGCACAGCAACCACCACAGCCUCAGCAAGUCCUUUAAUUGGCACA